AUGGGCGUAUUCAAUAUGAUCGAGUCGUUUACUGGUCAUGGUGUGAGAGACGGGACGGCCGGAAGUAGAUGGUAUCACCAAGAUGCUCUUUACGUUGGUGAACAGCCUGAUGGACGAAUAGCCUUGUGCAAAGGCAGGUUUACAAUGCCAAUAGUAUCAGCGGAUGGUGAUUUGGACGUGAUUCUGACGGGAGCUGGUCAAAGAACCUGGGCGUUGUAUAGGCGUGCAUUGUCCAAGUACACCCCAGAAAACACUCAUAUAAACGCACCCACCUACUCGACCUACUUUGCCCCCAAUCCAGAUCUAGCCCACGACUCUGAAAAUGAACGGUGCGUCUUGGCCUUCUUCCAUGUCAUCGGUGGUUUUCCUGCGCCCUCGUGGAACCAGGCCCUUAUCCCGGCCAGACCCCCUCCCCGUAUGCAACCACAACGAUACAAUCUCCCCUGGGAGCCAUAUCCUGGCUACAACAUAAAUGACCUCUUCGACUUGAACACUCUGGGCAUGUCGCCUACCCAAGCUGACGUCGUGGAUUCUUCAACCGAGAUUGGAAUGGUGCACGACCUCUCGAGCUAUGCAGUCCCCACAAGUCCUCAGAUGCAAUUUAGCAGCAGUAGCACCACGACCUUUGCCACCUUCGACUUUGGCGACCCUCCUUCCAGUGAUGCCGGAUCUCCCGCGAGUGACACUGUCAUCAAUAGCGGUCGCUACCAAUGUGAUGUUUGUGGGCGACGUCACCCGAUCCAUCUAGUGUGGGUGGUGUUAUAUUUGUUUGCUGAUGAUGUGAAUAGCAACAAGGCUUAUCAGUCCAUCGAGCACCUGCGAAGACACUGGCAACCUGAUUCGAAGCGUUAUAAAUCUUGCAGUCAUUUACGUCCCAAAACAUCGCCCGGCAUGAAAAGUCAUGCAAACAAUGAUAUA